AUGAUGCCAGCAAGCGGCACGAGGACGUCGUGCCGAUGGCCCGAUGGUGGGGCAGGCAUGGCAUCGGAUGAGAACGGGUGCAGAUGGGUGGGUCAGUGCCUGCCGGUCUUCACUUGUGCCAACGAGCUCGAUGCUCCAUCCCUGCUCCCGGCUGGGAGGAGGGAGGUCCGGGAAGGAGAAAUUGAAGAGACGGGUGGUGAGGUGCGGGAAAUGCACGCCCGGUCAUGCCUGAUGCUCACCUCGAGUUCUACGGGCAUUGGCGCGAGAGUCAGCAGCUGCAAACAAACCAUUCCGCCGUGUGGCAAUGCUGCUGUUGGUGCGGGCGGCCGUGGUAGUGUUGGUGCAGAUAACAGAGGCGACGGUGGUGCCGGUGGUGCGGGCGGCAGUGGUUCUGCUAGUGCGGGCGGGAAUGGUGCUGGUGGUGCGGGCGGCAGUGGCGCUGGUGGUAUUGGCAGUAAUGGUGUUCCUAGUACGGGUGGCAGCGCUUCUGGUGAUGCGGGUGGCAAUGCUGCCAGUAGUGCGGGUGGUAGAAGUGGCGGUGCUGCGGGUGCCAGUGGUGGCAGUGGUGUAAGGUGCCAAAGCGGACCGGGUGGCAGCACGGGAAGCGGCUCGAGUCAUGAUGCGAGGAGCAGCCAUGGCUGUAGCGCGAGUGGCAGCAACAGGUUGAGAGGCACGUCCCCUCUCCCCCCUCCCACCCUUCUCUGCCAACCAUAUACCCUCGGCCCACCUUCCCAGUCACUGCAAAGCUUUCCCCCCUCCCUCUCUGCCAACCUUCUCACUCCCUUGCUGCCAACAUUUACCCCUCUCACUACCAUCCUCCCAUUCUCUAUCCCGACCCCCUCUUACCUCUCCAACCUCUCUUCCCCCCUCUCUGCCAACCUCUCCUUCCCUCUCUCUGCCAACCUUCCCGCCUCUAUCCCAACCCCCUCUCCCCUCUCUGCCUGUAUGCCCUCCCCCGACCCUGCCAAGUUUCUUUCUAACCCCUCUGCCAAACCUUCCCUCCCCCGCUUCCAUCGGCACUGUAGGUUACCAGGGAAGGGGGAAACACGGCGCCAAGCAGUUGGUGAAGCAGCACGAUGGGCUCAAGAGGACGAUGUAGGAUCAGCAGCGACUGUAGCUCGAAGACCUGUAGCGGCUGUGGCACAAUUGGCUGUAGCAGCAGGAGGAGCAGCAAGCGGUUCGGAAGGAGGAGGAGAAAGAGGGUCGACGAGAAGAGUGGCAAGAGGAGCGACAGCAGCGAGAGGAGCGACACGAGGUGCAGGAGCAUGA